GAACAGCAUCAAGGCUCCAAUCAAACCCAAGGUUUGUUAGUCACUUUGGGCUUGGACAGUUUCAUUAAUCUUACCCAACCUGGCCCAACCUUACCCUACUUGCCACUUGGCUGUUGGCCCUCACACCUUGCAGCGUUCACCGAAUACCCAGCAAGGCAGCAAGGGUUAAACCUUAAAAACCCUAACUCCAGCCGAAGUACUUCUCUGUUUCACACUCUCUUUCUUCUUCAUUUUCUUCAGCUCCAAACACGCACACGAGUAGCCAAAGAUGGUUCGAAGUAUCAAAAACCCUAAGAAGGCCAAACGAAAGAACAAGGGUUCAAAGAAUGGAGAAGGGUCUUCGUCUUCGAUACCGUCAUUGCCGGUGAAGGUAUGGCAACCAGGUGUGGACAAAUUGGAAGAAGGAGAGGAGCUUCAGUGUGAUCCUUCUGCUUACAAUUCUCUUCACGCCUUCCACGUUGGGUGGCCCUGUUUGAGCUUUGACGUGGUGCGUGAUUCAAUGGGGUUGGUUCGGACUGAGUUUCCGCAUACGGUGUAUUGCGUAGCAGGGACUCAGGCGGAGAAAGCUUCCUGGAAUUCUAUCGGGAUCUUUAAAAUUUCUAACAUUUCUGGGAAAAGAUGUGAACUAGUUCCUAAAACAUCUGCUGCUGAUGACACUGAUGUAGAUAGUGAUAGUAGUGAUAGUGACGAAGAUGACGAAGAGGAGGGUGGUGGAUCUGGAACGCCAGUUUUGCAGCUGCACAAAGUGGCUCAUGAAGGAGGUGUUAAUCGCAUUCGUGCCAUGACACAAAACCCUAAUAUAUGUGCAUCUUGGGCAGAUACUGGUCAUGUGCAGGUGUGGGACUUCAGCUCUCAUUUGAAUGCUUUGGCUGAAUCAGAAACUGAAGUUAGUCGGGGAGCUUCCACAGUUUCUAAUCAGGCUCCAUUAGUUAAAUUUGGAGGGCACAAAGAUGAAGGGUACGCCUUAGAUUGGAGUCCUCUUGUUCCUGGGAGGCUUGUAUCUGGGGACUGCAAGAAUUGUAUACAUUUGUGGGAACCAACAUCUGGCUCAACAUGGAAUGUUGAUACUAAUCCAUUUGUCGGACAUGCUGCUAGCGUAGAAGAUCUGCAAUGGAGUCCUACAGAACCUUAUGUUUUUGCCUCUUGCUCUGUGGAUGGCGAUAUUGCAAUAUGGGAUACCCGUUUAGGGAAGUCGCCAGCAGCUUCUAUAAAAAAGGCACAUAAUGCAGAUGUCAAUGUUAUCACAUGGAACAGGUUGGCUAGCUGUAUGCUGGCAUCUGGAAGUGAUGACGGUACAUUUUCUAUUCGUGAUCUUAGGUUGCUCAAGGAAGGGGAUUCUGUUGUGGCUCAUUUUGAAUACCAUAAGCACCCCAUUACAUCUAUUGAGUGGAGUCCACAUGAAGCCUCCACCUUGGCUGUUUCAUCAUCCGACAAUCAAUUAACAAUAUGGGACCUUUCUUUAGAAAGAGACGAGGAAGAAGAAGCCGAAUUCAAAGCUAAAACGCAAGAGCAAGUAAAUACACCUGCAGAUAUACCUCCACAACUUCUUUUUGUUCAUCAGGGUCAAAAAGACUUGAAAGAGAUUCACUGGCAUCCGCAGAUCCCAGGAAUGCUCAUCUCUACAGCUGCAGAUGGUUUUAACAUCCUGAUGCCUUCGAACAUUGAAAGUGCACUUCCCCCGGCAAAUGACAUGGUUGAAGGUUGAAAUUGUCAUGCAUUCAUAGAGACAACCCUACAAGAUCAUAUGUCAUGUGUGAUGGGGCAUGGAACAGACUGAUGCGUGCAUUCCUAAAUUAUUUUCGACUCAGAAGUGUGUUCAGCGUGCUUUUAGAAACUUCACCUAGUUGCAAGUUGCAGCAAUUUUGUUUUGUGUUUUAUACAUUUUUGUUCGAGUUUCUUAAAAGAGUAUAUAGAGGGUUUGUAUUGAACUCCUUCAAUUUUCAGCAGCUACUCGGGAACAAUUGUUUUAUUA